AUGUAACAAUUGCUUCAAAUUAAUCGAUAUAUUUUGUAUAAAAUUGGAUAUGAAACUCAUGCUGUAUUUUUCAUCUCCAAUAUUUGCAAAUAUAUCGAGACUGCAAAGAGGUCGCGUUGUUAGUAGACAUUGUUUGGAUUUGAUUUAAAGUUGCAAAAUUUAUAAAAAGAAUAUAUAAAAAAUUCUCGUUGGAUUUGUUAUAAUGGAUUUCUAUAGUCCCGGAUAUUUAAUAAGCAGUGAUGAAUACAGCAACGAUGAAGACGAUUUAAUGGAUGCGGCUAUAAGUUCGCAAAAUACUUCAAAAUCUGAGGCACAUACUGAGUCAAAUAGUUACAAAAAAAAGUUUAAUGCAAAAAGAAUGAAAGAUGCCAGAAAGUGCGUUAAUUGGCACAAAAAAUGGUUAAUAAAUACAAAAAAUCGUGCAAAAUACCGACCAAAGCUAAUCGAAUUAAUAAAAAUAUUAAAGAAUAACAAGCCAUUGCAGUCGCCUGAAAUUCAAACUAGCAGUUUAUCAAUAUUUCCAAAUAAUUUUGAUGUGCCGAAGAGCACAAUCAGAUUCAAUGAUAAAGAAGCAGUAGUUGAUCUUUUAGAAGAGGAAGUAAUGAAUGGAAAUGAUUCAGAGAAUGUGAAGCGUAGCGACAUUGUUAUUAGUAGCGUUAUAAGUUUGGAAAAUGAGAACGAUUCUAUUAUCAAAACAUCGAAAAUCCCAGAUAAGGUGGAAGAUAUAACCAAUCAUGAGGUUAUGCAGCCAGCUCAAAGCAAUGAUAUUAAAUUAACCUAUAUAAAACCAAAAGUUGGUGACAUAAAAACGAACAACAUAAAAUCAAAAAUAUCACAUAACCACAGCGUUUCAAAUGCUAAUGUGCAAAGUUCUAAAAAGCGUUUACGAUCCAUUUCUCCACCAGAUAAUAGAAAUUUAAAUGAAGAUAAAAAAAUUAACUCACACAAUAAAUUCUACAGUGAAAUUAAUGAAAUGUUUGCACCAAGAGAUCAGUCACUUAAAACUCAUAUAAAUAAUAUGCAUUCAAAUGGCGAAAAUAUAGAUGCUCAUAUAAAUCGUUUAGCUUCCGAGAUAGAUACAAUAAAUGAAUUAAUUGAGACAAGAGAAAAUGAAAUUCAGAAACUUUUUUACUUUAAAAAAAUUAAGGAAGAAAUUAUGUGUCGACUUGAAAGAGGAAAACAAAUAAAUUCUAUGAAAGAAAAAUCUCUAAAUACAAAAUCUUGUACAUUAACGGAUUUAAAGGAAAUAGAACAGUUUUUAUUUUCUUCAAACACAAGCUCUGCUGAAAAAACAAAGCCUACAUCAACGAAAGAUUUAGUUGAAAAUAUUGCAAACAUGGGAACAGUUGAAUUGGAAAAGGAACGACCUAACACCAGUAGGUUGUACAGUAUACUUCUAUCGAAAAAUAUAUUGCCUAGGGCUCAAAAUGCAAACUAUAGUAACGCAAGUACUAAAGUGGAAAAUAUUCCAACACUGUUGAGAAGUUCAGAACAGUUUGAAAAUCAACAGUAUUUAGAAUUACGACCAAAACCGAAUAUGGGACGGCAGGGACCUUUUCGCGAUGUCAAAAGCCUAAUUGCUGAGUAUCAAAACCAGAAUCUAAACAAACCACAAACUGGAAAGAGAUUUAAAUAUCACGAUUUUGCCGAUAGUAUGCCAACACAUAAUGAGUCAUAUAAUGAAGAUCAUUUAGCAAAUUUUUCGUACACCUCAAAUAGAAAUUUAGGCCCUUAUAACACAAAACGACAUUUACCAGAGCCGAAAGGUAUGAGAAUCAAUGAGGGCUAUCAAAAUAACUACCGAAUGCAAAUUCCUCACUAUGAGUCGGAAGAUGUUUCUAUGUCAAAUAAUAUACCAUACUCCCAAAGACAUUAUGAUAAUAGUCAUUCGCUCAGAAAACACUUGCACACGAAUACUGGACCACGGCUUUCAGGAUAUGUAGAAAUGAAUAAUGAUAAUGGUGUGUGUCAAGAAUGUAUGUCCAAUGAAGCACUUUUUGUUUGUGCCGGAUGUCAGAAUCAGUGGUAUUGCAGUAGGGAAUGUCAGAUUAACGCAUGGGAAAAACAUUCCGAGAUUUGUGAUGUUUGAUUACAAUAGCCAAAUCGUCAAACAUUUCCACAUUUAUCUAAAAUAAUAUUAUAAAUAAUCUUUGAUUCCAAGUAUUUAAUAUUUUGUA